GAAGGUCGAGGGAAAAACAAAGAGUGAGAAAGUGAGGCAUUCUUUGUGUAUGUGAUCAAAACAAGAGCUAGCAUAUAUUCAAUCAUGGUGGUAGCUACAAAUGGCUUCCCUUCUUCCAAUGCCACAAUCCCCCCAACAAAUAUCUCUCCUAAUGCCAUCCUACCUCUUGAUCGGGGCGAUCCGGUAGUGUUCGAAGAAUACUGGAAAAAGAUGUGUGAGUCCUGCACCGUAGUUAUCAAAGGGUGGGAGCUAAUGAGCUAUCUGAGUGACAUGAGCAACGUGUGCUGGUACAUGUUGCCGGAGAUGAAGGAAGCCAUUAAAAGGCUUCAUCACGUGGUGGGAAAUGCUGUUACUGAAGACAGAUACAUUGUGGUAGGGAAUGGAGCAACGCAACUAUUACAGGGAGCUGUUUUUGCUCUCUCUCCUUCGGAGGCUAAUUCUCAACCCAUCAACGUUGUUGCUGCUGUUCCAUACUAUUCGGAAUACCAAGAUGAGGUUGAUAUUUUGCGUUCAGGAUUGUAUCAAUGGGCUGGUGAUGCUGCUUCGUAUGAGAAAAAUGAACCCUACAUAGAGGUGGUAACCUCUCCAAACAACCCUGAUGGGACUAUGAGGGGUCCUGUGGUGAAAUCUGAAGCUGAAGGGAAGCUGAUUCAUGAUCUUGCCUAUUACUGGCCACACUACACUCCCAUUACUCACCAAGCUGACCAUGAUAUCAUGAUCUUCACAUUCUCCAAAUGCACUGGUCAUGCUGGUUCACGUUUAGGGUGGGCCAUUGUGAAGGACAUUGAGGUUGCUAAGAAGAUGACAAGGUAUGUGCAGAUGAGCUCCAUUGGAGUCUCAAAAGAAUCCCAAACUCGAGUUGCUAAGAUCAUGGGAGUGAUUUGCGAUGGCUACCAAAACUUUGGGUCCAUGAAGUCUGAGCUCUUCUUUGAAUAUAGCAAACGCAUCUUGAAGCAGAGGUGGGAGAAAUUGUGGGAAGUUAUUGAGGAAAGCAAGGUCUUCUCUGUGGCCAAGUACCCUAAGGCCUAUUGCAACUUCACUAACGAGUCAUCUGAAUCUUUCCCUGGUUUUAUAUGGUUGAAGUGUAAGGAGGGCAUAGAAGAUUGUGGGAGUUAUCUGCUGGAAAAAUUGAAGAUUCGUGCAAGAGAAGGAGAACGAUUUGGUGUUAGUCCAAAGUAUGCUAGAAUUAGCAUGAUAGGAACGGAUGAUGAGUUCAAUGAAUUUCUGAAAAGGGUGUCAAAUGCUAAAAAAGAAUGUGACUAGAUGUAUUGGAACAAUAAUGUCAUGUGUAGCUCUAGUUCGAGCACCGCCUUAUCACAAAAUUUAGAGUUCUUUUUAUUUUUUUUUUGGUGUAGAAUAGGGUGAUAAAGGAUGAGUGCCAUAGAAAACAGAAUAAAUAUUGUUACAUAGACAUUUCAUAAAUAAGUUUAAUGUUUACCGAGUUAAUUUAU